AUGGGCGAUUCCAUGCGAUCACCUUCGAAAGAGUUUAAAUGGGUAGCAAUAGGAGCGCUUAUGCUCAUGAUGUGUGCUAGUUCAAUGUAUACUAAAGAAAUUGGGAAUAUGAAUAUGGAUGAAUAUGACGGUGAUAACAAGUAUAUGAUUAUGGCGACGAUUGGCGAUAACCCAAUGUAUUCGGAUCAAAUUCCUCAAGCAAUAGUCUAUGAUGAAAAAUCUUUGAAAUCUGCCAACAAACGAUCAUCAUCAACAUAUAGAUUGUGUGGUUCGAGACUUAUCGACGCCAUAAAAAGUGUUUGCGGCAAUUGUAUAAAGCCAAUCGGUUUCAGACCUGUUGAAGUGAAAAGAGGUAUUAAUAAUUUCUUAUUUUUUCUAUUAGCCUUUAGCAUUUGCCUAAUUUAG